CGAAAACUGUAAUGAUGCACCACCCUUGAAAAGUGGUGACACUCUUCCAUCAUGAGCUUUUUUUAUGCUUGUUCCUCAUUCACAUGAUACAUUUAAUGUGCAUCAUUUUGUCCAUGAGUGACUGCUCUGUGGUUUAUUCAGUCCCUUGAAAUCCACGAGUUGCUGCUUUGUACCCACAUGACAGCUUUAAAUCUUACAUGGAGAUAUGAUCAACAGUUGACAUGCGACAAGCGUUCUUGCAGUUUACAGAACUGCGUACUUCCUGCUACUUUAAAUAAAGAAGUAAUCAGGACAUGCAAAAAACAGUGCCCAGAGGAACCUGAGCUCUUGUCUGCUGUUCAUAUUUCAGGCAGGGCAAUAGCCAGCAUGUCAAAGCUGCAAAGACUUUCUUCCAGAGAAGUUGAAAUGAGCUGAACUUAACUGAAGUUUUUACCUCGCAUACAGCUUUCUGCUGUACCAGAAACAAGACAAUUAAUCAACAAUGAUGCUCUCCAGUAUGAAGAUAUGUGUGCCUUUGCUAUGCGGACUGUGUGUUUUGUUUUCUGUGGAGUCUAUGACAACUUCCAGGCCAGAAACCAGCAAUGAAAUCACUGUUGAGUUAAACAGCACAACCAGGAACACCCCUGCACAUGUAAAAGAGUCACAACCUUCAACUUUGAAUCCAACACAAAGAUAUGCAGAAGUUAGCAACACAGCAGCACUACAGAUGACGGAGUUACCCACAGGAGCAACUGAGAAUAACAAAACUAACAGCUCAUACAGCGGCACAGAUGGUUUGGUUACCAUGAGCACUGCAACAGCUACCACCAGCUCUAAAAGUCUUGGUUUAACAGCAGAAUCCACAGCUAAGAAUGAAGCGCAGCCUUCUCCUGCAGUGACCACUGCUGCAAGUAAAGCUCAACAUUCGCCUGCAGUGACCACUGCUGCAAGUAAAGCUCAACAUUCGCCUGCAGCGACCACAGUUCCAGGUGCAGCACAACCUUCCCACAAUACAACGAUCACAGACACAACUAAAACAGCAGGAAAUCAGUCCCAUCAACCAUCCACUCCCAGUUUUGUGACUGCUUCUGCAACAGCUUCUACAGUUCUUGCAGGAACGGUGUCUGUUUCUUUCCCACACACCACAUCUACUCACCCUGAAAGUGCAUCGGCAUUGGCUUCCACCUCCUCUUUGGAAAAGUCUACUCAGACAGUUUUGAAUGUCACUCAGAACUUAAGUUCCACGACUUCCACAACCACAAACUCGGCAAACCCCACUUCCGAGGAAGCAUUCUAUCAUUAUCCCUCUAAGGCUAAAACAUCCACAAGUGCUGAACACUUAUCCACAUCUCAUUUUAAUUCUGCCACAAGCAUCCAAAUCUCUUCAUCUAAGUUUCCUGAUACAGUAGGAUCAAGCUCUACUACAACUGAUUAUCCCAGCUCCACCACUUACAUCUCCAACAGUACAGCAGGAAUCUUGUACCCUAAAGGACUCGAUGGGUUGCCAGUUCCAACAACCAGAUCAGCUCCAGCAACUACAGCAGCUCCAAAAGAAGGAUCCAAGAGCUCCCCAACCAAUGAGGCCCAGCCCUGCUCCACUCGAGGUGUUGUGAAGCAGUGCCUCAUUGUUAUCGCCGCCCUGGCUGCUUUGGCAACCAUCUUCAUGGUUUCUACUAUAGUUCUCUGCGCCAAGCUGUCAGCAAGGAAGAGCAAGCUGAGGAGACCUCAGCAGGCCACUGAGAUGAUGUGCAUCUCUUCUCUGCUACCUGAGAGGAAUCAUGCCUAUACAAGACAACGCAAUCCAAUCACAAAUGGAGUCCUGGUGUUUCCUGGGGCUGGGGACAGCGAUGAGGAUGGAGGAGAUAACCUCACGCUCAGUAGCUUUCUACCAGAAAAUGACCGCUAUGUUUGAAUUAAUCUACAACAAGUAGGAUUCUUAUCUACACAUCAUUCUGAACAGUCUGGAGUCAGUGAUGUGGAAACAGUGGCCUCUUUUAUGUCAGGGCAUGCGUUGAGGUUAACCCACUAUCUGCAGAGCAACAUACAGAAAUGACAAAAAAAAUGUUCAAGCAUCAUUAACUGUAUCUAGCAGUUGGUGAAAAAAGGCGGUACUUUUUCCUUUUCACAUAACUCCACACUUGCCCCCAACUGGACAAUUUAAGCCCGGAUGCAGAGUUAUCAAAGCAGUUUUCUGGGGUUUUUUGGGGGGGUUUUUUUUAGCAUCCGGAGCAGGGCCCUGAUGGUAUUUCACUUUGCAACAGGAGACAGGAAGGCUUACUUUGUGCUUCUUUUAAAGACACUUUUGUUCCUCACAGAAGCUGUUUAAUGGUGACUAACAAGAAUGUAAAGAUGAAUGAAAUGAAUGAAAAGAUGCAGCUUCUUCAUAGUACUGAUGUAUUAAGUAAUUGUUUUAUUUAACUUUCUGAUAAACAUUUUAAAGUAAAAAAAAAAUCCAGCUUGAUGGAAAUGUAAGGAUUUAAAGAACCCAUGGUAUGUUCAUUUACAGAUCUUUUUUUUUUAUCUGAAGGGUCUCUUAAGUUUACAUUAUAAAAAAAAAGGAAAACGUCAUAUUGUACAUAUCUGCAGCUCCUUUUCCAAACACCUCAUUCUGCUUAAUGGACUGGUAAUCAGGUGUUCAUUAGUUCACUGAAGUGUGCCAGACUACUCACCAGGAAGUACAGUGUUACAAGGUGAUGUAGAUAACUAAUGAAAAGUCUGAACUACGAACAUAUUUCUGGCAUUUCAAUAACAGUCUGUAUGUUUACUUGCACUGCACAGCUACUAGUAGUACCCACUUACUACUAGUAGACUAAUUGUACCAACAGACAGCUGGUAGCAGCAGUGGGUGUUACUACCAGCUAAUUACAAGAUCUUUGUGGUUUGUUUUUGUUGUUUUGGGCUUUUUCUUCUAUGCAUCAACAGUUUGAAAACCAGUUUGAGUCAAGUUGAGUGUAUAUGUGCAGGAGUAAUUCAACCCCCACCAAACUGCCUGGGAGUGUUAAUUUGGCUUUAAGAACUUUGAUUUCAGUUGUCAAUGCAUUUUAGGGUCAGGACUUCCUUUUGGUCAUUUAAAACAUUGAAGAUCUUUUACAUGAACAAAAAGCCAUUUGAUAGUCUGAACAGAAAGAAAAAUCCCAAAAUGACCUCCUUUAAUUGGAAAUGAUCUCUUAAUUUACUAGUUAAACACCCUUAUUGUUAAUGUAAAUAUGACAUUUUCUAAACUUAUGCUACCAGAGUUUGUAAAUGUUUCUUAGUCUAAGAUUGAAUAUAAGGGCAUGUGUUGCUUAAUUUGCUAAAAAAAAAAAAAAAAAAAAAAAAGGAAUAAAGCAGAGCUCUUUUUCUAUUUUUUAAUAAUUGUUUUUUGUGUGUAACAUGUAUUUACAUGUAUGUGAAAUUGUAAACAAUCAUAAUAAAACUGGACAUUCUCUCAA